GGCAGGCAGCCUGCUGUUCGCGCGUUGCGGCUUUUUUCCCCACCGAGUUCGAGUUCGGGACGCGAACGACGGACAGAAACAGAAAGAGAGAGAGAAAGAGAGAGAGAGAGAGCUUAUUCGGACCGAUCGUGGAGUGCGGGUGUCACGGGAGUGCGACUCAUAGGCGCGCGCGUGGCUCGGGAUCUCGAGGGGAAAGAGGGAGAGAGAAAGAGAGACAGACAGAGAGAAGCGAGACACGGCGGCGACGUCGGCCGGAGGUGGGACCGGCCACCGCAGGACGGGACGGUGAUGGAGCUCGCGGGGCAGCAGAUGCGACAGCGUGAAAAAACUGACGUUCGAUAAUACGCCGCGCGACAAGUUCGUUGAACCCUUUCGGGAUUUAGGGUCGCCGCAGUUGAUGCGUUCAGAGCUUCAGCAACCUGGCGGUGAAGAAUAAGAGGAGUUGGCAGGGAUAGUCCACGACGGACAAUUAACGAGGAGACGUUCCGCGUUGCACGCGCGUUAAUUGGAGCCAGCUAGUCAGCCGUGUACAGUUGGAGCCUGGAACAGUGAUCGAUCUCCGUGAACGCGUUGGACUAAUCUUGCCAGAGGACCGUCCUUGUGAAAGGGAGAGAGACAGUGGCCAUUCUGUCGUUCCUCUCGUCCUUCUCUCUCUCAGGGAAGUUUUUUAGCGGGAGAUUCGUGCAUCGCACGCGCGACAUCCUCGCGUAUGUCGCGUCGUUCGUCGCGUUGCGACCGGACGCGGCAGCGCCGAGGAGGACGAGGGUGGUCGUCGUGGGAGAAGAUGCGCGUUUGAAAAGAGAAAGAGAGAGAGAGAAAGAGAAAGAGCAAGAAAGCAGGAGCGAGUGGCAAGUCGCCGUCGGACGCGCUCUUCGCAUAGCAGCGGCGGCCGCACUUUUAAUCGCCGGUUGCAUGUGGGUCACGAGUUGCAUUCGUCGCAGCUAACGAGAUAGAGAAGGUUUACCGAGCGAAGAGGAAGAACAUGUGGAGCUCGGUUACCGCGGCUGGUACGGAAAAUGGGCCAGCACCACCUUCGAGGAGCAAGCACAGUGCCACCUUACUUGCCGGUCACGUGUACUUACUCGGGGGACGAAAUGGAAACCUACCACUCAAAGAUCUUUGGCGAUACAGUCUCGCGGAGAGCAAAUGGGAGGAACUGCAUCCGGGGGGUGAGAGACCGCCGGCGCUUCAGGAGCACAGCGCGGUAGCCUACAAGGAUUGCCUCUAUGUUUUUGGGGGCGAGCUCGGCUUCUCCGCCGGCACGGAAACGCCGCUCUGGGUCUACAAUGUUAAGACGAACUCGUGGCGGAAAGUAAGGGCACAACGGGGUUGCGCGGUGCCCCGAGGUCGCAGGGGUCACACCGCCCUGGUGCAUCGUGGGCAGAUGCUGAUUUACGGCGGUUACCAAGAUUUACGCGGGAGCUCGCCCGAAUUGUGGGCUUUUCAUUUCGAGACCGAAUCUUGGCACCUGCUGUCGUCGAGCGAGAGCGGACCGGCGGCGCGGCACAAGCACUCGGCGGUACUGCACGGCGAUGCGAUGUACAUCUACGGCGGGAUGACGGACCUCCAAGAGAGGAACGACUGUUGGCGAUGGGACGUCAAUAGCGCCUCGUGGUCCAUGCUGAAGAACAAACCAGGACCCGGACCGCUGCACGGCCACGCGGCAUGCAGACUGCCGAGCUGUAUGUUGAUCUUCGGCGGCGAGAGCGGCGGUUUGGCGACGAACGAGCUCUGGAGGUUUCAUUUUGGCACGGAAACGUGGGAGAAGCUGUCCGUGCCGGGACCGAAACCGCAGCCGAGAGCCGAGAGCGUGGCUCUUGCAGUGUCCGAGUUACUGAUUCGCGGCACCAACGUGGACAAUCCGAAACCGCGACCGCGGGGUCAAAGGCCGAGGCUGUCGAGCAAUCGGAUGUCACCGAACGAGGCGCCGGCCCGACCGAGCUUCCUCAAGGAGAUCUCGAAGCUGUCGCAGAUCAACCUGUCGCGACUCAGUCAUCCGACUAAGUGCAGCUACUCGGUGCUAAGCGGCCACGACGACAACGAGGAGAGCCCUCAGGAGCAAGUGGACGUCGAGGUGGUGGAACCGUCCACAGGCAUGGUAAAGUCUCGCAGUGCUAACACACUAGCCAGACGGAGACAGAAAGCGCCGGAGGGUACGCCGCGGUCGACGGCCGACGUCGUCGGCGGCGUCAACAACACCGCCGCCGCUUCUGGUAUGACCAGAGAUCCUAUAUCGGUGCCAAACUUUCGUGCUUUGACGUUACCAACACCUGUUCUCACGCCUGUAGAGGCCGCCCGAUUGGUCUUUGUAGACCCGGACGAGAACAGCGACAACGAGGAGCGCAAGGAGCCGCCCACGUCGAGACUGAUCGAGGUGCAGGAGGAGAGGCGAGACUUCGCGGCGGUGCACCAAGCCUGCCAGCCGACUCGCGGCGAGAGCUACAGCUCGCACCUGUAUGAGGCCGCGUUGCAGACACCGAAGACCCCGACGACUACAAAAAUCCCCACUUCCGCGUCCGUCCGCUUCGCCGACCUCGAGGAAGGCGAGGAGUCGACGUCGGACUACGCGAGCAUCGAGGCGAGGAGUCCCGGCGACCCGCUCGCGGACGACGACUGGGUGUCCGGCAGGAAAUCCAAGCCGCACCGGCCCAUCGUCACCUCGUCGACGAUACGAGAGGGCCAGUUCGGUUUCUGCAACCCGAACUACCUCGGCUUGGACGAGGCGAGGGGCCACCACCAUCAGCAACAACAACAGCAGCAGCAGCAGCAAGAAGGCAAAUACGCGAAGCUGCUCAACAGCCCGCCCGACAGCGUGCUUGAGGACGAGCCCGGUAGGUCAGCCUCGCAGACCUUCGCCGAGCUCUUGGAGCUCCAAGAGAUCCGGAGGGUGCCACGAGCACCCCCCAAGAGUCUGCCACUGGGCUCGCCUUCGAGGAGAGCGGUGAGCGCGUCCAGAGCUGAGAGGCAAAGGGCGAAGGUCGCGGCGGUGGACGCGACCGACGCGAAGACGCCCUCCUAUGGCCCCGCGCCCCUCUACGUUUUCUUGGUCGGCGGUAAAGAGAAGGGGCAGGUGACGGUAUUCGCGAGGCCGGUCUCCCUGUGGAAGCUGCAGCUGGCGCCGCAUAUCUUCUAAGUCUCGCGUCUCAAUCGACGCUCGUCUGCGCGCGUCACUCAGUCAGUGAUAAGGGAGAGCGCGAGAUUACCGAUGAUGGCAGCGCUUCGUGGUUUCCGUGUCGACGAGCUGUUCGUCGCCGCGCCUGUGCUCCGUCUCUCUCGUCGAUGGAAGAGAGCUUGCAACGAUUCUUUCUUUUUUCUUUUAUUUUUUUAAUCUGAAUUUCGCCACAUCUGCACAGUCGAUCAAUUAAGAAUUGCAAGGCUAUUUUUGGAAUAAUUUCGUAACGUUUACAGGUUCAACAGGAGAAUUUGCAGAGUUGCCACGGAAAAUGAAUUCUGAAACUUUCUGACUUUCCCACGUUUUCCAGACGGCAGUGGAGAAUUUUCCAUGAGCAAUACGUGAUGUUAAACUUUAACGUUUAGAAGCAGGGGUUGCAAGAAAAGUAAUUUAGAGUACUAUUAGAAACAACAAACUUAAGAGUUUAGUAACAUAAUAUAAUUCUGAAUGCAAAUUAAGGCUAACGGAAAAUAAAUGAGUCUUGGAAAGAAGAAUAUAGUUAAAAAUAUUUCAGGAGAUUGUGAGUAAAUUCCAGGUUUUUAUAUCUUUCCCUGACUUUUCCAGGUUUUCCCUGACAUUUUUAAUUUCUUUGACUUUUCCCGGUUUUUCAGUUCUGUGGUAACCCUGAUUUUUGUUUCUCAAUAAUUCUCAAGAAUAACAUUUUCUUAUUGAAUAUAAUAUAAAUAUCAUAUGCGU